AUGUACGUCGACGUUAGCCUAAUAACCUUUGGGGCCCCACGAGUCUUGGAGCUAGACACAUCCGACAAGUUCCACGGGCGGUUCUCACAGAUCCGCAUUAUGCACAACGGCGACUACGUGACGUCAGUACCUUCUAGUACGCGGUUCCGACACGUUGGUCGUGUCGUGUGUCUAGAGUGUAGUGAGAGCGAGCGGGACAGCUCAACGACGGGACAUGUGUUGAACCACCGGAUGCGGACGUAUCGACGAUCGCUGUUUGCCCGAUUUUCCUGA